AUGACCUCGCUGCCGCCUUCAAGGGAUGGCCUUUAUCCGGAAGCUCCGCGCCCGCAUACAUCAAAGGGCUUGCCCGUUGCACGGACAAAAGCGGAGGUCACCUCCGUUGGUGCUAGAUCUCCGGACCCCAUCACAUACUCAUCACAUACUUUGACAUUUGCUCAACGGCAACUUCAAGUCCGACAUGCAGUGUCCCAAAGCCGGCUCCGGUCACAGUCAAGGCGAAACAGGAUAGACAGCAUCUUGCCCGCAGCCCGCCAUCAACCCGCGACAUCAGGCAAAGGUCAUGACUGCUCGUGCGGCGUCAGCAACGAUACGUCAUACCUCUGCGGCACUACGGCGCCCCCAAAGUUGGUCAAUACGCUCGCGCGCCGCUCGCUCGGUGGUCUUGCCGACCACGCUGUUGGUAGCCUGUCGCGCGGCCGCUCCAGAUCAUCAAUGGACCCCAGCCUACUCUCUGAACGCAUGCUUUACGCCUCUCGAUCCCAGGUCAGAUUGGCCCACACGAUCAAAUCACUCGUGACGCCUGCUCUUUUCCGCGAAAUCCAAGAGUUUUGGUUCCUCAAUUCCACCGCCGAGGCAUGCGUCAUACCGCCGCAGGAGAAUGUUAAACGGUGGUUCAUGGGCGGCGAAGCCCUCCAAAAGGAAAGCGUCGAAAAGUUCUUAUCAACCCUGGAAGCUCUCCGGAAGACAGGCGUCACAUCCGGCACCGAGAUUCUUGACGCCGUUGAGCCAACGGAGCCAUGCGACUGGAUGAGCCUCCUCAUUCUGCUGGACCAAAUCCCCCGGAACUGUUACCGUGGGGCCUCAUCCUCGGUAGUCUUUAACGAAUUCGAUCCCAUCGCGCGAGAUGUUGCGCGCGCAGCUAUUGAGCAGGGGCUCCCGGACCGGAAUCCAGAAAUACGGUGGCAAUUUGCGUUCCGUAGCUGGUUCUACAUGCCGCUCAUGCACUCGGAGGAUUUGAUGGACCAUGAGCAAGCGCUGGACGGGUUUCGACGCGCGGUGACGGAUGUUGAAUCGUUGGCAGAUGAGCACGAGGCGUCAACGGGGAAUGAGUAUCAUGCGCGAGCGCUGAGGGUGGUCAAGGGGGAUAUUGAAGCGGCAAUUAAGAUGGCCAAGACGAAUCUGGAUUUUGAACAGAUGCAUUAUGAUAUCAUCAGGAAGUUUGGACGGUACCCGCACCGGAACAAGGCGUUGGGCAGGGAGGCGACAGCUGAGGAGAAGGAUUAUUUGGAAAAGGGGGGCCAUGCCUUUGGUUGA